CAGCCUGUGGGCGGGGCGUGUGUGUGACUGAUCCACGGCUGUGUUUAGUCCAGUCCGGUUCGGUUCUAGGUUCUCCAGAAACCCCCGGAACCCCCGGGAACCCGCGGAGCCGCUGCCGGGAAACAUGUCCUCUGGCCCGGGGAGCAGAACCACCGAGCCCUGGGGCUUCGACGACGGCCCCCAGGGCGGCUCGGCCGUCAUCGACAUGGAGAACAUGGACGACACGUCGGGCUCCAGCUUCGAGGACGUGGGGGAGAUGCACCAACGCCUGACGGAGGAGGAGGAGGUGGAGGAGGCUACCGCUAACGACGAGGCUAACGACGAGGCUAACGACGGGGACUUCCUGGGCAUGAAGGGCCUCAAGGGCCAGCUGGGGAGACAGGUGGCCGACGAGGUGUGGCAGGCUGGGAAGCGUCAGGCCUCCCGGGCCUUCAGCCUCUACGCCAACAUCGACAUCCUGCGUCCGUACUUCGACGUGGAGCCGCUGCAGGUGCGCAGCAGGUUGGUGGAGUCCCUGGUUCCGAUCCGGCUCAUCACCUUCCCCCAGAAGAUCGCCGGGGAGCUGUAUGGGCCGCUCAUGCUGGUCUUCACGCUGGUGGCCAUCCUGCUGCACGGCAUGAAGACGUCCGGCACCGUCAUCCGUGAGGGAACCCUGAUGGGAACGGCCAUCGGCACCUGCUUCGGUUACUGGUUGGGAGUUUCCUCCUUCAUCUACUUCCUGGCCUACCUGCUCAACUCCCAGAUCACCUUCCUGCAGACGCUGUCCCUGCUGGGUUACGGCCUCUUCAGCCACUGCCUGGUCCUGUUCGUCACCUACAACAUCCACUUCCACUUCCUGUUCUACUUCCUGUGGCUGCUGCUGGGAGGACUGUCCACGCUGAGAAUGGUGGCAGCGUUGCUCUCCAGGACCGUGGGUCAGACUCCUCGUCUCCUCCUCUGUGGAACCCUGACCCUGCUGCACAUGAGCUUCCUGCUGUACCUGCACUUCAGCUACCACCGCAUCCUGGAAGGUCUCCUGGAUUCUCUGGAAGGACCAGGUCCAAACUUGUCCCCGAUGCAGAGAGUGGCCAGAGACGUCCCGGAGCUGGUGAUCAACGCUACCAUGGGGGUUCUGGGGGGGCCGGGGGGUCUAGGGGGUCUGGGGGGGAUGGGGGGGCCGCUGAGGACCCACUGA